UGCAUUUCCGUCAUCGGCACUAUCCAGUCAGUGUUUUGAAACUGCGUUUAUUUUAUUUGGGUGCUUUACAACACAAUCAACAGCGAAAAAGUCGCAGUGAUGUCUUUCAAUGACGGUAUCCAAAUCCCCGGCCGUCUUCCUCUGCUGUUGACCCACGAAGGUGUGCUUUUACCAGGCUCGACCAUGAGACUCAGCGUGGACACUCCGCGAAAUAUGCAGCUUGUCAAGAGUCGGCUGCUGAAAGGCACCUCGUUGAAAAGCACGAUAAUAGGAGUGAUCCCCAACACCAGAGACCCCGAACAUGACACGGAGGACCUCCCAACUCUACAUGGUAUUGGUACAGCGGGGCUAGCAGUGCAAGUGGUGGGCAGUAACUGGCCAAAGCCCCACUACACCCUUCUCAUCACUGGGUUGUGCCGAUUCCGUGUGUCAAGUCUUCUGAAGGAACACCCGUUCCCACUGGCAGAGGUGGAGCAGUUGGAUCAGUACACGUCCUCUGAGGGUGGGGAGCUGGGGGAGCUCUCCCACAAGUUCUAUCAGGCUGCUUUACAGUUGGUAGGUAUGCUGGAUAUGUCUGUUCCAGUGGUGGCUAAGUUGAGACGUCUGUUGGACAGCCUACCAAGAGAGACCCUGCCUGAUGUUAUAGCUUCCAUGAUUCGCACCUCAAACAAAGAGAAACUACAGGUUUUGGAUGCAGUUAGCUUGGAAGAGCGUUUUAAGAGGACUCUGCCAAUUUUGACCAGACAGAUAGAGGGACUUAAACUCCUGCAGAAAACUAGAAAACCAAGGCCUGAUGACAGCAAGAUGGUGUUAUCUGUACGAAAAGGAGCGGUGCUCCCGGGCCGUCAGUUCUCUCUUGAGGAUGAGGCUGAAGAUGAAGAUGGAGAUGACACUGCUGCCCUGGAAAGGAAGGUCCAUGGGGCCAACAUGCCCGAGGCUGCUCUCAAAAUCUGCCUCAAGGACCUUAAGAGAUUAAAGAAGAUGCCUCAGUCCAUGCCUGAGUAUGCUCUGACCAGAAACUACUUGGAUCUGAUGGUGGAGCUGCCAUGGUCCAAGAGCACAAAAGACCGUCUGGACAUCCGAGCAGCUCGUAUUCUAUUGGACAAUGACCACUAUGCCAUGGAGAAACUGAAAAGACGAGUGCUAGAGUACCUGGCUGUGAGACAGCUCCAGACAUCACUAAAGGGCCCUAUUCUGUGCUUUGUUGGACCCCCAGGAGUGGGUAAGACCAGUGUUGGACGUUCCAUAGCCAGGACCUUGGGCAGAGAGUUUCAUCGCAUCGCACUGGGAGGUGUCUGUGACCAGUCCGACAUCCGGGGACACAGACGUACAUACAUAGGAAGUAUGCCCGGCCGCAUCAUCAAUGGUUUGAAGACUGUGGGCGUCAAUAAUCCUGUGUUUCUACUGGAUGAGGUGGAUAAACUGGGAAAGAGCCUGCAGGGAGAUCCUGCAGCUGCACUGCUGGAGGUCCUUGACCCAGAGCAAAACCACAGCUUCACAGACCAUUACCUCAACAUGCCCUUUGACCUCUCCCAGGUCCUUUUCAUCGCUACAGCUAACUCUACAGCAACUAUUCCUCCUGCUCUGUUGGACAGGAUGGAAGUACUACAGGUACCAGGCUAUACCCAGGAGGAGAAGGUGGAGAUAGCCCAUCGUCAUCUGAUCCCACAUCAGCUUGAACAGCACGGUUUAACACCUCAACAUUUACAAAUACCCCAAGACACCACACAGGAAGUGAUCACCAGCUACACCCGUGAGGCGGGUGUGCGCUCUCUGGAGAGGAAGAUUGGAGCCAUUUGCCGUGCGGUGGCUGUGAAGGUUGCUGAGGGUCAAAAAGUAACCAAGCCAGAGGGUGCAACCCCUGAGGACCCAGCACAGAAGCAAGGAGACAUGUCAGCACCACCAGAGAUGCCCAUAGUGGUUGACCACAUUGCCCUGAAAGACAUUCUGGGACCACCCGUGUUUGAAAUGGAGGUAUCUCAGCGACUCACCCUGCCAGGUGUUGCUCUGGGCUUGGCCUGGACUCCUUUGGGAGGCGAAAUCAUGUUUGUGGAGGCCAGCCGUAUGGAGGGAGAGGGCCAGCUCACUCUUACUGGUCAGCUAGGAGACGUUAUGAAGGAGUCUGCCCAUCUGGCCAUCAGCUGGCUAAGAGCUAACGCUAAAAACUACCAGUUGACUAAUUUAAUGGGAGGGUCAGACCCAUUAGAGGGGACAGACAUCCACUUGCACUUCCCAGCCGGCGCCGUUACCAAGGAUGGCCCUUCUGCUGGUGUUACCAUAGUAACCUGCUUGGCUUCACUCUUCAGUGGCCGACUGGUCAGAUCAGACGUUGCCAUGACGGGAGAGAUCACGCUCAGAGGACUCGUGUUGCCAGUGGGUGGAAUCAAGGACAAGGUUCUGGCGGCCCAUAGGGCAGGAGUGAAAUGUGUUAUUCUCCCAAAACGUAGUGAGAAGGAUCUAGAGGAGAUACCGGCCAACAUCCGUGCUGAGAUUGACUUUGUAACAGUGGGACACCUGGAUGAGGUUUUGAAUGCUGCCUUUGAUGGAGGAUUUCCCAAAAUUGCCAAAAUGCUUACACACCCUCAGCUUAGCAGCAAGCUGUAACAAACACAAUGAUGAUGCAGUGUCCAUGUAAAAAGCCUGAAGGAGAGUAUAUAAGAAAAGGUGGUAGUUUGUCUGAAUUAGCAUAAUAUGUAUUAAAAAUAAGUUUCAAUUCUCACUUUCAUAUGAAUGUUGGUCUUGAUUAAAUUCUAAGAAUGGUUUUAAUUCAUUUUCAUUGUUUUUCAUUUUACAAGAGCCUUGUAAAAUGUGCUGCAAUUCUACAUUAUAUGCAGGAUUUGUGAAAUUAUUAAAAAGUUUAAAAGAAAUAAAACUUCUGAUGUUCAUAAA